AGACCAGAUCUAAUCUGACCUGAAUCUGACCUGACUUAACUUUUCCGUGCAUUGCCCUGCCUCCCUUUCCUCUCUGUUCUCUCCGGGUGUGACUGUGCGAGGGAAAAAGACAACAGGAACGCAGGGGGAGACGUUCGAGCGAAGAUGCAAUGUCGUAUCCACCGGCCAAGCGACAGCGAUCCAACACGUCGCGAGAUUCCGUUAACGGCAACCCGCAGACUACAGCUCCCGCCCUGCGACAUCACCAAAUCAGUCCGGGUAUCAGCCUGUACUCGCCAACGGGCUACGAGAAUGGCGGUUAUUCGCUCCAACCUACCGCACGUCAGACCGUCGCCUACAACCCCUACUCUUCCGGCGCGGUGACGAAUUCGGCCGGCGGAUAUGGCGGAGCGUACCAGGCAUCAUCCGCAGGCUACGGUGCCGGUCCGUACAGCCCUCAGCAGCAAGCUAACACCUUUGUCGCACACUACUCUCAACCGCCUACGAACGGCCACAUGACGUCUCAUGCUACACAUUUUAAUGGAAUUCGGAACGGGGCCUUCGCUGAGACACAGGCACAAGCACAAGCACAAGCACAGACGCAGACGCUCUUACAAGGACAAUCACCGCAGACGGCGACGGGUGGAACAUAUUCGCCAGUACCUACGAAUCACCAUAUUACGAAUUAUAAUCAGCAACAGCGUACCAACCCCUCGGCGUCCACGAUACCGCAACAUCUAUCACAGUACGGCGAGCCGUAUACUUCCCAACCCACUGCGCAUGCCACGUCGUAUCAUGCCAGUACUAAUUCUUACUCGGACGCUUCUACGUUGAAUUCGCAUUUUAGCCCGGCACAUCUGCAAAGUCCAGCUCACCUCGCAAGCCCGGCUCCUCUAUCGACAUCCGCGACCCAAAAUGGAAAUGGACAUACGCCCGAAGAUUUGAUGCAGGAGGAUGACGACGAGGAAGAGGAUGCACAGGGCGAGAUGGCGGACGAAUCGACAGAUGUCUACACGAAUCCCGAUCCGCCGAACGGGUCCAUGUCAUCCAUACCGUCAGUUCCUACCCCGCCGAUCGAUGCGGUAUCAAGAGGUGGUCAACGGGUAAAGAAAUGCUCCUGUAAGACGGGUCGCGGAGAUAAAAAGGCCUGCGUGUUCUGUGUCUGCAGUAAGCAUGGACUUGGUUGCACGUCUACGUGCUCGUGCGGCGAUGCGUGCGCGAACCCCUUUGCGGAUCUGACGCAGUUUUUCGGCCCGUUGUCAACGUUUCCGAAACCAUGUGGUGCCAAUGCGUGCUUCGCUACCUGGCUCUGCAACCAACCGAACGUCGAGGAACUAGACGCGGAGCUUAUAAUAGAUAUACUGUUGUACGAUGACACGUCGUGGGCGAAUAUUAAGGAAUACGAGGAGCCCUUUAGGAAGUGGGAAGACAGUUGGAAACGGACUCGAGGGGGAAAAAGAAAGAAGAGCCGUGAGGAGCGAGAGCGCCUAGAAUUUGAGUUGCUCCGCGGCGCGUUAGGCAACUGUAACCAGAACGAUUUCUACGGUUACUGGUAUAGUUUCUGUCGAGGCGGCUGGGUAGCUACGGACCUCUGGGACCAUUGUCAGGAGUGUCGCAUCUGCAAGCCCAGCGCAGAAUGGCACUGCGAUAAACAUAAUCGCUGUACCUCGGAUCGCGUCUGCCCUGAUUGCGCAUCAACCGCACCGUACCCGAACAUGAUGGCUUCGUACCCGGAUCCUGGUAGUUAGUUCGACCCCUUUUGUAUGUAAAAGGGGUGCCUUGUUUCCUUGAUCUUUAUCAACAUUUUGGAGGGAUGGAAAUCGGAUAUAGACAGCGCGCGUUGGGGAUACAUAACGGUUUUUGCGAUUUGCUAUAGCUUGCUCGCGUACAUCCUGCAUUUUUCUUAGCGAAAUUGCGUGCGUCGGCAAGGAAGCAUAUGAGGACUUCGGGCAAAAUACAGAUCGAUCAAUUAGGGCCUGGGACCGAAAUCCAGUUAAUAUUGUCACCAUUCAGCUCAUCACCGUGCACCUAGCGUUCAGCUCUACGUGGUAAAGAUGCUCCUCAAGUUUAUGAGUCUGAUGAGCAAUGGAAUUUGAGUUGAAUACCUGAGCUUUUGCAUGCUACUAACUGCUCGUUAUUUAGAAAACCCUACCGGCUUAUAUCUCCCGUCUUCAACAAACUUUCCACGACGAUUGCCUUUCUCGAUACGCAGUCUACGCAUACGCUUGUCAGGGAGGUAGCUUAGAGUCCAAAUAGUUACCUAUUGGACUGAGCCUUGCGAGAAGCAUGAAGCCUUACUCGCCAAAGGUACGGAAAUACGGCAAGAAACCAAACAAUUAUGCUUCCCUAGGGAUUUGGUCGUGCCAAGUUUGAUCAAUUCACUUUAAGCCCUCUAGUGACAUAUUUACCUCCUGAUGUAU